GUUUUGGAGCGCUGGUCUCAGGUGAUACAACCAACAAAAAAAAAAGUUCAGAGCCCGCUUCCACCAAUCCCCCUCCUCCUCCCCCGCAGUCUCUUCGAAAACGAAUCCGCAGCCAUGGGGAAAGCAACAAAAAAGCCCAGAAAACCUGACGCUCGCAAGGCCAGCGACCCCACCGGCGCUCGGCCAAAGAAACCGGCACCUCCAGCGACUCCGCAAACUGAUGCACUCCACAAAUCCACAAUCCUCCCCAUCAUCAAAAGUCUGGGCUCUGCCAGCGCGGCUGACCGCGCAGCUGCUCUGUCAAGAGCAUGCACCGAACUACUCGGAGAUGACACGUGUCGGUUCUUACUACUGAAGGAGAGGAUCGUGGCGAAGCUCAUGGACGAUUCGGUGCACGACACUUCAGAGGAUGUGGUGGUGCUGGCGUGGCGCGCCCUCUAUAUUAUUGCGAAGGAGGAGGGCUACGAUCAUUGUAUAAACAUGUACAGGAAAGAUGUGCUCUCUAAAAUAAAGGCAGUUCUAGAAAAGCUCGCUGUGAGUAUAGAGCCUAUCGCGCUGGAUCCUUCGAAGGCGGACGCAAACACGGCACGGAAUAUAUGGUCCUUAACGGAGAGUGUUAUCGGUCUUCUGAAAUGCCUAAGUGAGGAGAGUGAGCAGGCUCUGGACGCAAUAUCGAAGAUCGACAUACUUCCCAUUCUUCUAGGUCUCCUAAAGCCUGGAAUCAGCGUGCCGGAGGAAAUCAGAUCGAUUGCGAUCCAAUGCUUGAGCUCCUUGACCGAAGACAACGAUCCUCUCACGUCAAAGAUAAUUGAAGAGCAAUCUCAAUAUGUCCCACAAUUGAUCCAGCUCAAGGACGACAAUUCUCCCAUGGUACAGAUGUGUGCAUGCGCUGUCUUACACAAUCUCUCACUCGCACCAACGGAAUUCGAGACAGACCUCACCGAUGCCCUAUUACUCCCCAACCUCACCUCCUACAUCAAAAACACUGCCUCCUACGUUGUUACCUCGUACGACCCCUCACGCGCUUCGUCCGACGACGUGGCGGGGCUCCGCGCCGCAGAAAUCGCGCUCGAAGUAGUGGCAUCGAUUGCAACCUCGGUAGGCUAUGAGCUCGAAGACGCAGUGCCACCGGCCGCAAACCCGGAGCCAGAGUUUAUCGAUGAGAACGCCCCAUCAGACGGCGAGGAUGAGCAGAUGGCCGAUGACAUUGAGGACUUGCGAGAAGACAUGGACAUGACAACGGUGGAAGACAGCUCAGACCUCUACAGUGGCGCAGACAAGAUCCUGCAAUACCUGCUUGAGUCGACUACGCCGGCCGUAAUCCUCCUCUGCAAGCCUUCUCUUCCCGCAUCCCUCACCAAGAUCCAGCUCCGUGCGCUAGCGGCGUUAAACAAUAUUGCCUGGACGCUCGACGCUGCUAUAACCUCACGUCCCCGUCUAUCAUCAAAAUGGCAUAGCCAUGUCAAGACUAUCUGGAAUGUUGUUAUCGCUCCUGUCCUGACCGCAAACACUGCCGAUAUCGCUCUCGCGGACGCAGUUGCUGGUGUGGCCUGGGCCGUCGCCAAGGCGUCGGAAGGCGUAUUGGACCUGCAGGGUGGGGUGCUGCACAAGUCGUUCAUCAGCCUAUACCAGGCUGCAACCACCGAUGAGUUGCGCACAAAGUGCGUGGGUAUCCUAGGGUGUCUUGCGAUGCCACAGGACCGAAUCGAUGUGAACAAGGAUGUCGGAAUCUUCCUUAUGGGGCUGAUCACUGCCUCGCCACUAACUCCAGCGCCGGCUGUUGUCGAAGCGCUCAACGCCAUCUUUGAUAUCUACGCCGAUGUCGAGUACCAGUACGAUCGCCCAGUCUUCGUGGAGUUGCAAUUCCUGAAGCACCUCGAAGCAGAUCUUCCUGGGAUCAGAACUAUGGUUAAGAGGAUCGAUAGAAAGAGGUUCCCCGAGCUCCGCUUACGCGCUGACGAAGCGUUGAUGAAUCUGACCAGAUUCAUUCCCUACAAGAAGAAAGAGCAGGCGAAGCUGGCGUAAAGCAACAUCAACAUAAUAAAAUCUGGGAAAUUUUAAUGGGUACCAAAACGUUUUCGUUCAUAGAGUGAUAUUUUAUGAAUAUAUCUUGCGACUCUCAUC